CGCCGGCUGCUCCGGUGCCCGCGGGUCUCCGCAGCCCAGCGAAGAGCUUCCCAGUCAUUGCUGACGAGGGAGCAGCUCCGACAGGCCACAGGCGAGGGCACUGUGGAAAUGGGGUUCCCUGCCCACCCGUCUAGGCAGUCCCUUCGCUGCCGGAGUCGGACUACGGUGAUGGCGGCAGGGUAGAAGACAAGGAGCUGGAGAUUGAGACCCGGGCAGCGCUUCUGAGGAAGAGGCCCGCCGACCCUAAUCAUAGACUAAAGGACUGUCCUUCAAAUUCAUAAACAAGGACGACUGCUGACCGGGGCAGACUAUUAGAUUUCUGGAUUUCUUGAAUUCUUUCGUGAACAGAAGAAGAAUAAAUCAAAGAAGAACUCACCUUGGGAUUUGAAGAGGAGAAUGAGGAGCAAUUCUAAAGUGUCCCUGUCUUGUGACCCUGUCACAUUCUCAGGGAAAUGAACAUAGGGGAGGCUACAGGAUAUCCUAGCAAAAGAGACAGCAGCCUUCUGACUCUUGAGAAGAGUUCUGUGCCCUUCCCGCACAUGCCCCAUUGAUGAGAGGGCUCCUCUAGCACCCUGAUCUUUUCUGGAGCGUUCUAAGUCAACAAGUAUGGUUUCCUGGACUGGAGAAGUCUGACUAGCAAUUUUCUUCAGUAAGAUCACUUGAGUGAUCUGGAUACUGGUUCAUCCUGAGGGAGCCAGUACGUGGGUGUGGGUCCACCUUUUGGCUUUCCCAGUUCUGCUCUGAUGGGAGGAGCUCAGAGGCACUGAUUUGGGGGAACCCAGACAUUGAGGUUGUUCAGAGGACAACUAUGAGUCCCUUCUGUCAUCUUCUUCACCAUUGAUUUUAAAGACGCUCAGAAGAUAUAAUUUACCGCCUCCAGAAGUCUAGCCGAGCACAACUGGAUGGUGUCCAGCUCCGCCGGCAUCAGAGAGGAUGCGUGGGUCCAGCCCGAGAUGGAGACGAGACUGACAGGUGGCAGGGCUCCAGGCUCGCGUGACGGCCCCCGGGUGCACAGGAUGCGGCCGUGACUCAUCGUCUUCACACAGGCCCCGUCGGCUCGGAUAGCCCUGAAACCCCCAAAGGAGCUAAGGGAAAAGGGCCCCACACCUGACCAAAGUGAUCAACCUUGUCCACCGUGAACGCUUCUGGAGUCGUCCCCUGCGGCUUUCAGGCAUCCGUUGGCCCAGCCACGCUUUUUGGCUUCCAGACGUGCAUCUUUUCCCUUGACAUCCCUAACACAGUGGGUGCAAGGGAAGCACAAGGCUGCUGAGCGCACCUGAAGUCGGCGACAGCUCCCACUUCCAGCGCGUCCCCUCCGACCGCUGCAGCCGCCGCCGCCGCCGCCGCCUCCUCCUCCUCCUCCUCCCGGCCGCAGCCGCCGCCGCCACCGCCUGCUUUGCAUCCCAAUUACAGCCUAGAGCCGCUGCCGCCGCCGCCGCCGCUUCUCCUCCGUGGCCCCUGCCCGCUCCGGGGGCUGUAAACUCCCCGCCAACCAUGCUGCUCGGCGGCAGCGGCGGCGGCGGCUCCGGCUCCCCGGCUGCGGCCGCCUCCCGCCCCGGGCUCCGCCGAGCGCGCUCCAGCUCCGCCGCCGCCGCCGCCGCCGCCGCCAGCAGCGCGUCCUCCGCCGCCGCCGACCCCCGUCAGCCGCCGCUGCUGCCUUGAUGGGCUCCGCGGCCCGAGCGCCUCUUUUCGGGAUUAAAAGCGCCGCCAGCUCCCGCCGCCGCCGCCGCCGCCAGCAGCGCCGCUGCAGCCGCCGCCGCCGGAGAAGCAACCGCGUAAGUGGCAACUUUUCCCUCUUUUUUUUUUUCCCGCCGCCGCCGCCGCCGCCGCCUGCUCCUCCUCCUCCUCCCGCCGCCACCGCCCGGACGCGGGGCUCCUCGGGGCGCCCGGGCUGCUUUGCAUGGGGCUCGUCCUGCCCCCUCCCGGCUCCCGCGCCCGGCCGCCGCCGCCCGCGCUCCCCGCGCCCGCGCCCUGCUCGCUCGCUGCGUCCCGCUCGCCUUCCCCCUGCGCCAAACUUUCUCUUUCUCUUCUUCUUCCUCCUCCUCCCGCCGCCGCCGCCGCCGCCGCCGAGCCCGGGCCGCCCCCUCCUCCCCGGCCCCCGCGCCGCCGCAGCCGGCCGCCAGCGACCCCCGGGAGGGUGGAGGCGCCCGGGGCGAGGCCCGCGCGCCGAGUUUGGAGGCGCCGCGGGGCAGGGCCGGCCAGGGCGCGGGCCGAGGGCGGGAGGGCGGCCGGGGUCCGGGCGCCGAGACAAAGGCGGCGACCAGCGGCGGGGAGGGGGGGGUGUCCGCGGUGCCGAGCGCCCCCGCCCCCGCCACCCCCGGCCCCCAACUUUGCCCCACCCCGAGAGGCGCCGGGGCCCCGGACUGAGCCGCCGAGCGGGGCGCGCACCCGGCCCGGAACAGUCGCCGCGGCCGCCGCCGCCGCCGCCGCCGUUGCCGCCGCCGCCGCCACCACCACCACCACCACCGGCACCACCACCACCGCUGGCCGGCCGGGCGGGCGCCUUCCGGGCCGGGGCGCGACUUGAGGGGGACGCGGCCGCCCGACAGGAGCCGGGGGUCCGAGAGGGGGCGAGGGGGCGAGGGGGCGAGGUGGCCGCCCGACCCUGUACCUGCGCGCUCUCCGCCCUGCCCCACUGGCAGCGUCGCGAGCGCCCAGAGGGGGCUCUGCCCUGGACACUAGGGGCUCCCGGGGGCUCGGGGCUGCGCCGCCGGCCAGGACUAGACGUAGCCUGGCCGGCCUCUCUUUGACCAGCUGAGUUGAGAGACAACGAAGUGUUCCUUUUUUCUUUUUUCCUCCUUCUUCUUUUUUCUUUCGUUCUUCUUUUCUUCUUCUUCUUUUUUUUUUUUCUCUUUCUCUUUCUUUCUUUUUCUUUUUUUUUUUUCUUGCUCACGCGAAUCUGGGAUUGUUUACGUUCCAUUCUGCACUCACCCCUCGUCCUGCUUCACUCUUUUCUGUUGUGCAUUUUCCUGUACCUCUUUCUGCAUAUCUGUUGGAGAGUAGAUGUGAGUGUAUUUUAUGCAGUGUAUUUAAAUUGUGAAAGGACUUAAUAGUCGUCUGUCUCUUGUGGAGCUCUUACAUUAAAAAAUACAUUUUACUUUACAAAUUAAUCUGUUGCUCAGAAGCUGACUUUUGCAAAAUGUGCAAUUCCUCGGGCUGUGGCAAAUUCUUUAAUUACAAGUGCUUUCAAAAAUCACCCAGUCUUUAACUUUUCCCUCUUGUUGCUUCCAACUUAAGGUAAAUAUGACAAUUUUUAUUGGUCUCAAUUACUGAAACUUGAUCUAAGGACUGUAUGGAAGAAGGAGGCUGAUUGUCUUUUUCUGGCCUCCAGUUCUAGUGACUUUUAAAAGGGGGUUUGUUAAGCACCUUUGAAGAAUAUGACAUACGGUGAUCGCUUGACUGUAAUGCAAAUUGGCGAGCAUAAAUUCACUUUGAAUUAAAAAAAAGACUCAAGCCCUUUCUGUGGGGACACUAGAGGAUUUAUUAUGUUUUUUAAAAAAUUACUUUUUCCUUCCUACUUUGGGAGAAUGGCUAGUUAUAGAGCAACUUAUUUGGAGGUCUUCAGAAAGAGGCUUGGGAAAUGGGAGAGGGGAGAAGAUUGAUCAUAAUCUGCAUAAUCAAUAGGGCAGCGUGCUGCAAUCGUGUACCUACAUUUACUGUAAAUUUCUACAAUAUCUGCAGUGUGGGUGCUCCAGUGCCUUGGUCGGCUUCUUAGAGCGGAUUUAGAGGCAGUAUAAGCAGAAUUUGCUGCCCAGCUCUCUGGAACAAUAUAGAGGCAGUCCACUCGACAGUGGCUCAUUUAAAAACUCCUUCAUUUUACUGUACAUUUUGGGGGGGGUGGGCAAAUCUGUUUACAUAUGUGGAUUUCAGGUACUGAACCCCCAAGGUGUGGGUAUCCUCUAGGUUGGGGGGAGUGGAAAGUAUUGGGGGGUGUUAAGGGGUGUGUGUUCACUCAUUGAAUUGCCACCCUUGGGGGCCCUCCUCUCAUCUUAGAAUGUUAGAUAUCUUUAGUGCAAAUAAUUUAGAAAUACAAAUACAGUAGAGAGUAAUACACCAGAGACUGAAGCAAUGUCAAAAGUAAGGAUUGCUGUGUGUGCAUUUGAGAGAGAGAGAGAAAAAGGGAAUACAGACACUUACAGUCAGGCUUGAAAGCUUGGUGGUAGGUGAAUCCAUAUUUGGAGAUGAUUUUGAAAUAGUCUAGCAAAUGGUGCACGAACAGGAUUUCGUAAAAAGUGUACAUGGAGUCGGUUUUGAAGGGACUGUGGUUUGGGGAGAUGAGGUGUGGGCAGGAAAACCCACUCUAGGCCUGCAGCCUUCUUCUGUCUGUGUGUCUCCUCCCUUCCCCCUCCGUGAGUUUUAGUUUUUAAUUACUUAAUGCUGAAACGCACAGGGCUUAUAUAAAUAUUUGCAAAUGCUCUUUCCUAUUGAUUUCUCUGAAUAAACUGCCCUGCUUAGGUCCAGAGAGGAGGCAAUUCAGAUCUGUGGACUUUUUAAACAUAUAAAUCUCUGGAGGAGUGUUCAUCUGUGCAUGCAUGUGUUUAUGGGUAGAGUUGUAGAUAUGAAGAUUUUGGGGGGCUUUAGGGAGAGUUCAGGCUCUUGGCAGUGUGAACUGUGAAAGCUGGGCUGGAGCUGGCCCCAUGGCCUGGCAUUCCUGACAGACAUGUGUGCGUGUGCGUGUGCGUGUGUGUGUGUGUGUGUGUGUGUGUGUGUGUGUAAGGCCAUGGUGGGUGUCUCCACUGGGAUAGUCUGAAUGCAUAUGCACUUACACUUUCCCCAAUCUAUCCCCCCCCCCCCCAACUACAUAUGGAGCAGUUUUCCAGGGCUCAGUGACUGCCUUCUCCUCAGGGUCACAUUGAGUUCGAAUCUGACCCAAGGUGCAGGAAUCCUGCAAUGGGGAAAUAAAAGAAUAUACAGAAUGGGGUCAGGUCAGCUGCUCAGAGGCCAAAACCCCUACAGCUGCUUUGAUUUUAUUUUUUUUGUGUAUAUUUUAGGCUCCUCCUGCCAUGUUACAAAUUGUGCCUCCCCCUCUCAGGUGUUUGCUCUGUAGCUUAAAGGCACCAGAGCCUCUUCCUGCGUAGUUGUCUGCUCCCAGCGAGAACAGAAAACCCACAAUACCGAAUCCAAAACAAAACAAGAGAGGAGGGGGGGAGAAGAAAAACCCUAUUGAGUUCAGGCAAAUAAGGUUGGGUCUCCAGAUCCGAUUACAAAGCUGCUUUGAAUAUGCAAGACAGCACACAAGACCAGUUAUUCCAGUUACAACAAACUAUUAAAAAAAGAGAGAGAGAGAGAAAAGAAAAGGCAUGUUUAGGUCGUAAUUUGUUAGUACAAGGAAAAGAAUCCCACAUAAAGCUGCCCUUUCCCCCCCUCCCUUUGCUGGCUUCACAUAGAAUUCACUCACCCUCUUCCGAUAUAGGUUCUUUUAUUAAAAUCUUUUGGGUUUAGGAAGAUCGCUGCAAGCAACACAUUUUCUGUAUUUUUUUUCCCCUCUUUAUCUUAGAGGAGAGUUGGCAGGGGUUCUGUGGUUUGCAGUUACACAAUAUGUUAUCAUGUUUUUAAUCACUAAAUCAUUGCAGUGGUUAUAGAUUUACAGUCUUGGGGUAUUACAGAGAGGAGCAACGGCGGCUCUAUAUAUGUUUGUGAAUUACACCAACGUAAACUGAGCGCAGCAGCUGUGAAUAUGGUCGGUCGGCUGACUUCAGUCCCCCUUCCCAGCAUCUUAGUUCUUUUUCCCCCUCUGUGAUUUUUUUUCCAUAUUGUUUUGCUUUCUCAAAAUAAACUACCCCUGCUCCUGUACUCCCUGUCUCUUCAGCCUCCCCCAGUUUUCAUCGUAGACUUCUAACCCCAGAUAGGCUAGAAUUCGAACUCUUGAAAUAGAACUUUGGAUCAGAGAUGAUAAUCAUAACAACAACAAUAAUAAAAAGAGUGGAUUUCCUGCGAAAUCCUCUCGGUUUCCAUACCGACCUCCUGUAUAGGAUGGUGGGCCGAUGGCAAAUCGGGAGAUGGGGGUGGGCGGUGAGAGGGAAGGCGGGCGUGGAACGCUUGCCUGCCUGAAGCCUCCAGUGUCCUGUCACCGCGAGCCCACUUUCAGCUUCUGUUUUUCAUAUUAUUAUGUAACAGAAUCCUUGGCAGCAUUAAAAAUUCAGUAUUACAAGCUGAUUGUAAUGCUGCCUCAUUAGACAGCACUGUCUGGCCUUGUAUUAAGUGAAACACAGAGCAUGGCUUUUAGAUUAUAAACACCAAUAAAUAUUAAGGAUCAGCAGAGGGGGGAACUAGUCAGCUGGCUUUUUGGCCCCUUCUGGUUUUCUCUCUCCUCCCAUCUUCUUCCCUUCAUUCCUUUUCCUCCUCCCGAGGCCCCCUCCCCCUUUGGUAGCUGUCAUCCGUUUUCUGGGGAUGCUGAUGUGUCGACCCUGGUGACAUUUUAGGAAGGCUUUUUAUAGAGUUAUCUUGUAUACACAAAAGGUUUGGAAGUUUGUUUUGUUUUGAUCUGCAAUAAACAGGUCCUUCACUUUGCUGAUGUCAUUUCCGUUCAUAUUUGAGUUGUUUAUUGUGCUUCUUCUCAGGGCCCUCUUAUCCCUACCCCCACCUCGCUUUUCAGCCAGAGCCUGGGACUGCCUGGGGAAGGGGGGACGCGUUCCUAAGCUGCCAGGUCUGGGUUCAAAGGCUGAGGGUUGCGUGUCACUGCCUCAUCCUAGGGUUCGCCCGCUGGGGAAGAUGUUUCCAGCUUAGAAUCUGGUUAAACACUCUGACAUCCACUUGCCCUGGCAUUUCCAUGGCAUGCAGUGAUUCAUCUCAGCUUCCUUUCUUUGAAGCGACACCCCCCACACACCCACACACCUAUGUCUGUAAUACAGCUUUAUUGUCCACUUCUCCAUGCAGCCCCCCCCCCAAAAAAAAACCCAGCCUUGUAGUGAUGAUGACUUUGAUUCACUCGCAAAUCGGAAGCUGGCAUUAACGACUUCACGCUGUGAAAAAAGAAAAUGUUUUCAGGCGUUGCCCCAUGUCCUCCCGGUCCUCCGGACUAUCACCUUCUGUCCCUAUUCAGGUUUUUUUUUUUUCCCCCUUUCACGUUUAUUUUUCUGCUCCCUGCCUUGUUGUAGACAUAAAGGCAGUUCUCUGGUGUUACUAAAAAUGACCACAAUGUCCAGUGUCUCUUAUUUCCAUGUGAUCUACAAUUGGGAUCCCCCCUCCUCCAAAAAAAAAAAAAAAAAAGUGUGGGGAAAGGAAGGAGGGAAGACUUUGUAGGUCCCCAAGGCUUUCCUCUAAUAGGAUGAUGGGUUUUAGGUUUAAAAAAAUAUUAUUGUUUUGUUCUUUUAGGUUUAGAAAUAAUAGGGGGAGAGGGAAAAGCAGUCAUUAGGAAGUUCACUGAGCUGCUUUCCAACUAAGACGGGUGAAAAAUGAACCUGCAUUGACACUUGGCUCUCUGUGAAAGCCCCAGUAACCUCUCCCCCCUUCCAUGGCCCUGGCCUUUUGUUCCUGGAGAACGGAGCUAAGGUGCUUUUUCUCCCAGACCAAAGGCAGCAGGCAAGGAGUCCCCUUGUGUGCUCAUCGCCUUUAGAUGGCCUUCUCAUGGUUAUUGUCAAUGCAGACUCCCCCAAACAAUUGCUCCAGGGAGACACAAAAGCAAAAACAUUUGUCCUAUUUUUUUAACCUCUUUGUUUUAGGUUUUUUUUUUUUUUUUAUCCAUUCUUUAAAUUUCACAGUUUCUAUUUGUCUGCAGAGAGACAAACGAAACAGCAUGAAGCACAUUUUACCGUAGGCCUCACUGACGAUUGGAACAGCCUCAAUAGAAAUCCAAAUUCUAAAACACUGGCUGACUUGGAGGAUAUGUGAAAUUUCAGCUCUGGCUCUUAAGUCAGAUUAGCACAGAUCUCAAACAAAAAUGCACUCAAAUGGAAAGAUAAGAAAAUGGGAUUCUCAUUUGGGAAGUGUGAACACGGUCAUCUUUUGUUUAUCUCUUGGUGUCCUGCCCCAAGAAGUGGUUGCUUGAGAGGAAGGAAUUGCAAAGCUAAAUGAAAUUCUUCACUUAAAGAAAAAAAAUGAUCCUGGUUAUUGUGCUCCUGGCAUAUUGUUGAAUUGAUUGUUUUAACACAUGUGUAUGGGAGCUGUGGGUACAUCCUAUGGAAUUGAUGCUGUGUUGAGAUUUUUUUUUUCUCAAAAUACGAUUCAUAUAAAGAGGCCAUAUUUCCUCCUCCUUUUUCUUUCCUCUCCUGUUUCCUUUUACCUUUCCUCUCCCUCCAACCUGCUUUCUUCCAAGAAAUCAGUGGUUUGCAUCAGGCUGAGCUUGAAGGGAUGUGUCAGACAGUGGGGACAGCCCAUGAACAAAACAAGAGUCCACCUCUUUUCCCUGGCCCCAAACAAAGCGCUUCUCUCCUGUAAUGUAUGGACCCCAAUUGCGAUGCUGUCCUUAAGCAUCCGUCUGCCUUUUCAUUAAAAUUCUCAAUUUCAAGGUUUAGAAACACAAAUGUAAGAAUCCCCCUGGGUAUAAAAGUCUUGCAUGGCAAAUUCUCUUUGCCCUUUCAGAAAUAAUAUUUUUGUUAAAAAGAGAAAGAGAGAGAGAGAGAAAGAGAGCAAGCUCUUUACCUAAUGCUUUAAAGCUGUUUUAAGGCAAGUUCUUUAUUUUUUGCUGUCUUAAAACUUGGGCUCUGUAACUUACAAUUAAUUUGGAAAAGCUCCUUCCAGUCACGGUUUUUAGAAAAUGGUUACUCGUUUGUGUCUUUCGUAUGUGUGACAUGACAGAUUUAGGGUCUGAGUUGGGGAGGGUGGUUAAGUAAACUAGAUACUUUCCCAGCUACGAUUUGGGGGUAAAAAUUAAUCUCUGGAAUAAGCAUUGUAGCAAUAGAUGGAGGCCUUGAGGUAUGUGUCAGAGAAAUGUGAAUCAAAACAUCUGUGUAGGCCUUGGCGCAGCAGCCUCCCAUGGGUCUGAAGGUGAGUGUGGCUGUUCUGAGGAGAGCCUGCAUUCUCUGUCCUACCCAGGAGGGCCUAGUCACCCGGCAGGGACCAAGUUCUUAAAUAUAACUGCCUAGAAAUGAAGGGUUGAAUUCAGGGCAUGACAUGCAAUUUAGCUCCAAAUGUUUUAUUGUUUGUUUCAGGGACUUUUGUUUUUGCUCAUGCCCUUCCCUGGCUUUUUCUUUGUUAAAACCUCAAGUUUAUUGAAGCACUAAUUUUAAAAUCCACGUGUAUGUAUAUUUCCCUAAAAAUACCAGGAUCUGGAGGAACACACUCAUCUCCCUAAACCCCACUGUGCUAUGGAAAUAGAGAGUCCAGGUUUAGCUACAAGUCAGAAUGCUGACAUUCACUGUACCUUAGCUCAGAGAUCAUAUUUACCUUUGCUGAAGGAAAGGAAGACCACGUUAGAGAGUGAGUGUGCAUGUGGAGAGAGAGACAAGCCAGUUUGGCUCAGUUGGGAUAACUAUAAUUUACCGCUUACGUGUUUGGGGCGGGGGCGCUGGCCUCUGGCUUGGAGAGUGGGUAAGAGGAGGAGUAGGGAAGAGGUGAGCAUCCCCUGAUUUAUUUUUAAAUAUUUAUCCUUUUGGCUGUUCCCAGUUACGGUUUACAGAUGACUUGAGACUAGUUAUGGACAACUGCCUUUCCCCAGAGUGGGUUUAUUUGUCAGCAGUGUUCAGGGGCCAUGAAAGUGCCAGGCUGUCCCUGGUGGGGAGGCCAUGGGUUUCCCCACAGGUGUCUUGCCCCCAGAAGACUCAGGGCCUGGCAGAGCUGGAGGACAGAAUUUGUAUCUUGGAUUUCAGGGAAACUGUUGAUUCCAUCCUAAGUGCAGACAUUUCGGAAUCCCUCCGAAGACGUGUUGUUUUGCAAAUGAUAGAAAUAAGUUUUGGGACAGGUCAUGCCCUGGGUUUUUGGUAUUCCUUUGUAUUUGUCAUGAUACAGAGGUCAUGGAUGACCUGCCUGUGGAGUCACCUGUUAAAAUGUUGCCUGUCACACAGGCAGGCUUGACCAGCUCUCAGCAUGUAUAUAGCUGGUGCUGGAUUAAGAUAAAGGGGAGGGACCCAGGGUCACUCUCGGUUCCACUUGUCAGGCCUCUGAGGUGCAGAGAGGCUGGUUGCUGUGUCCGCCACUGGGGACCCCAGCGGUAUCCUGCGGGUCCCCCCUAGGGCCUUCUGCCCAGCACCUCCACAUCCUCCCAGAUGACUUUAUAACUGGCUCUUUGGCAUUCUGGCUUUGAUUUUAUUAAAGGUAUUUAUCUGUCAGCCCACCAGGUUCAUGAUGUCACCAGAUUAUGAGGUCGUCCCCUGCUAAUAAAAGUUAAGAUAAAGCAGCGGAAUUAGAUUUUCUGGGGAGCAUAAAUGUUUUCUUAGUGUCUUUAUCUAGCAGGCCAUGGGUUGCUCCCAGGUAAGACACAGGAGAUUGGGGGUCCUAAUGUUCCUGAAGACCUUUCCAGAGACAUCUCUGUGUUGUGUGUGCCUCAUGACUUGCGUUAUUGCUAGCAUCAUCAUCUGCAUGCAUUAUUCAUAGUCACUUUUUCAAUUAAAUUAUUAAUUGGUUUUCUUUAAGGUGUUCUCGACUCAUGUGGCUAAUAUAAAUAAUCGUGUGUUUUGAAAACACCACCUGUUCUUGGGUCUGAAGUCAGGUGGUCUGGAAGCCACUCGGCACUGAUCACAGUCUGGUUUGCAGAAUCAUUCUCCACUUUCCUUUUUUUGCUCUCCAGUUCCCCUCCCCACACACUCUCUCAUGUGUGACAGAAUUUGGCUUGUGCUCUCCUUUGUCCCUAAUCGGACACGAUUCCCUCGAGGCAGUCUUUUCUCCCAGGGUCCUUGCUGAAGGAGGGGGAAAAAAAAAAAAAAAAAGGGAGUCUCUUUUCCGGACUAAAGUGUGAACUCUAGAGAGGGGUUGUUUGUCCCCCAGCAGUUUGGAUAUUUACGUGAAUGUGAACGCAAAUGACACUGUGCAGAACGCCUUCUGCAUGGAGACAUGAUAGUUUUCAUCAGCCAGGCAUCCUGGUUCCUCCUGCCCCAGUGUGGGCUUAAUGCUAACACGAUUCCAUACAUACAGCUUUUUGCCUCGUGAGCUUAUUAUAUUUCUCACACUUGCAUGGUUCAUUAUUGUGCAGUCGGAAAGGACUCUCAGGGCUGUGGGGCCAGCCUGGGUGGGUGGCUUUCAGAAAGGGAAAAGCAGGUGCCUUUCUGUGCUGAGACAAUCGGGAGUAAAAUCAGACUGAGCGUGAGACUCUGACCCGGAGGACAGGGGACUUCCGGCGAGAUUUCUGUGGAGCUGCCUUUGCAUAUCAGAAUGGGAAAGGUGAACCUGGGAAGAUAUUAAGGUGUCCAGCAAUGGCUUUGACCCACUGAGGUGGCCCCAUUAAAUCUGACCUGGCGCUGGAAUCUCCCUGUGAAGGGCGUGACGUUUGCCUUAUCUGAGAUGAGGCGGCUUUUUAAGGCAAGUCUUGUAAAAAGACUGUAAGCUUGAUUGCAAGCUGCAACUGCUUUUCUUCCUCUCUUUCCUUUCCUUCUCUCCCUUGAAAAAUCCUAUCCUUAAACUCUCAAUGGAGAGCUGGGGAUGUUUUUCUAAGUUUGUGCAGCUGAAAAACAGAAGUGCUCUGUAAAGCAGUUAAUAGGAUGGGUGUGUGUUUCAAAUAAAUUCCUGUCCACAUUGACUAAUGUCCCCAUGCUAGAGUGGCCUGGCUGUGACGUGGAUGGGGCCCAGAGACCCAUGGCUCCGGUUCUGAGGCCCCAGGCUCCUUUUUGUGGCCGAGGGCGCGCCCUUUUCUUCUCGCCCGAUUCUAGGCCAGCCCCUGACUUUUGAUGAGAGAGGGGUCAGCGCCUGGGAAGGACCGGGCUUUGUUCCCGCCGGGCCGGUUCCCGGGGCAGCGCAGGCCCAGCCGCCCAGGACUCCCGUCCCCGGGCGCGCGGCCCGGCCUGCCCAGAAGCCCGUGCCCGGAGCGCGGCCGUGUGUCCCCGUGUUCCCGCGGGCGCGGGCGCCGCCGAGUACCCGGCCUGCGCCCGGCACGACUGUAGAUGUCAGGCUUUGCCCGGGGAGCCGAGCGGCGGCGGGGCUGUGAGUUUCAAAUUAACCUUCCGCUUUGUUGCUGUGUAAUGUGGAUCCCCGAAGGCCCCCCGCCCUGCCCGCCCCCCUUCCCCGGGCGGUGAGCCUGCAAACUGCGAGUUGAGCUUCAUUUACAUAAAGCGAUUCCGGGCGGGCGGGCCGGCGGGUGGCGAGCCGGCGGCGGGCAGGCCGGGGACCCGGACGCGAGCGCCGCGCCCCGUGGGUGAAUCCCCGCCGCGCGCCCGGGGACCCUCCCUCCCCGGGGAGGGGCGACCGCCAGCCCCCGGCCGCCACCAUGAGCCCCCCUCCCCAGCUUGCAGCCCCCCUGCACCUAGCGAGAGCCACCUCGGAGUCCCGGGGGCGGCGGGAGGUGGGGAGAAUGCCGCCUGGGGUGCUUAAGUUCGGGGCUCGGGUGCCGCUGGAAUUUCCCAUUGUCGCGCGCGGCGCGGCCCCCGGACCUGCGAGUGCCUCCUCCCUCCGGAGGUGUGCGGAGCCUUUGUGUGCCAGGUUUCAAGGGGAAACCCUAACAAUCACGAGUUCCAGGAGGCCAGGCUGGAGCAGGAAGCCCGAGUGCUGGGGCAGAGACCUGCAUGUGAGAGGAAAGCAGACAGACGCCUUCCAAGGUAACCGAUCCAGAGAGGCCAGGACUGGAGCGUGGCCUGUUCCUUGUUAUCACACCAGCCACUGGCGGCCCGAGAUUCUGCCUUCUCUUUACCCAACCCCAACACGGCAAGCAGUUAAGGAACAGAGGUGGGAUGUGUGGGAAGUCAAGAGUCCACAGUUGUAAAUAAUGAAGGGUUUCAAGAAUGGAGUCAUUGGAGAGAGGCCUACACCUGGAUGUUUGCACACCUGCAUUUUUGUUCGUUCUCUUUUGCAGAGACCCCGAAGGCCCCUUUCAGAGGGUGUGUGUGGCUCUGAAGGCCAAGAGAAACUUUUCCUCUCCCCCGUCCUUAAAUUACAGGACUAAGGAGAUUGUCUGCAUUUCGUUUCCAGCAUGUUUUCAGAGAGCGUGUAACUGCCUCUCAGAAUGGGCUGGGGUCACACUUUGCUCUUUUAUUUAAUUGCCCAAGUGUUAUUUAACAACAUGGGGCAGAUGCAGAAGCAAGCACUUUUACACUUUAAAAUCAGCCCUUUUGGAAUCACAGGGAAUUAAAUGACUUGGAGACCUUCUGUCUUCCUGACAUGGGUCACCUCCCUCUCCCAGCUCUCUUUUGAAGCGGCUGCACUUACUCUGGGAUAGAGCUGCUGUUUUCCAGUUCUCCUGAAAACAGCUUUGAUUGACAGGGAACUAUUGAGAAACACUUGGUAACUCUUCCAAAAAAAAAAAAAAAAAAAAAAAAAAGAAUCUGAGCUGCUUCCCCAACCACCUGAAACUUUAAUUUUGGUUUCUUCCCUUCCGUCUUUUAUUUGCACAAAUGAAUACUCAGGGAGGGUGGAAAGGAACCAAAUAAAACAGUGCUCUCCGCAGGCCUCUGUUUGGCUCGUUCCAACAGGACAGUGAAGUGCCUGCCUUCUUGCUGCUUUGGGAUUGGCUCUAACUGCCGUGUUAAACUCAGUGCCAAUUGGACUGCCCAGUGGCAAGGAGCUAAAAUAAGCGAGAUUUCAGUUUUCAUCAUUAUGACUUUAAAUGAUGAUUACUAGACACUCCCAGGACAGGCCUAGCUCACCUUGGGUGACCCACAGGUGGUUAGUUCAUUAGAAUAAAUCUGUGAUUACAGAAUCCUCGCAAAGUAUCAUCUGGGGCUGGUGGUGAUUUAGCUUGGUCCCUCAGUUCUGGUCACAAGUCGUCAUAUCCAGAGAGUGUGUCCUUAUGUCCUUAUUGUCACUGUGUGGUGUUGGGCAUUGGAGCUUUUGUGUGUGUGCGCGUGCUUCUGAAGUGUUACUGUGAGAGCCUGGAAAUGCUAGGGGGCCCAGAGCAGAACCUAACCUAAGAAAUGAUUUGUACUGUAGACUUGCAGCAGCCUUAUGUUAAAACGUAAAUAUUUAAGUGACUAAGCAACAUUUUAUAAAAGUGUAGGGAACCACUCUCAUCACUAGGAGGGAAUCGACUUGUUCCACCCACUUUUGAGCAUAUCUGGUUUGCUUCCUAACUGGAGAGGUUUAAGCCUCGUCUUAUAGGGGAGACAACAGUGAUAGUGAUUCUGGCCUGAAGAAACUUGCAAGCUCCAAGUAUCUGACACUUGCCUGCCUCACAGGGAUAACACGUCUGACUCUGUAACUUCAACAAGGAUGGUACUUGCUGUGGUUUAUGUUUUCAUUGGUUAUUAAAAUGGUUGCCUGCUCUUAGCCUGGCCCAUUUCUGUAAUGCUUGGGCCUGUUGGGCUACUCUGGUUCCCAAGGCUGGUGUAAUUAACCAGGAUGGGAGCGUUACCCUAAAAACAGAACAGGAAGACAGAUUCCAUUACUGUGUACUUCGCAGGGGGAUCCAAAUGCUGUGGUAUGAGAACUUGGUCAUAAUGGUAAUUGUUAGAAAUCACAGCACACCCCAGAACCACCAUCCUCUGCCUGAGUUAGAGACCGUGGUCAAGGGAAUUGGGGACCGGUCUUAAUAGAAUCCAGGCAAAAGAAUGCCUUUGCAGGAGCUAGUCUCCAUCAGACUUGAAAGGGUGCCUUUUCUUUCCAAAGCACGGUGUCCUGAGUCCUUAGGCUACUCAAAUGGAGAAACAUACAGAAGCUAAGAUUGAGUCAAAUUGCCCCGAGGGAGGAACUCUGGCAAAAAUCUUAACUCAUUGGCAAGUCACUUUCAAAAUCCAGAUUAAGGAGAAAAAAUACAAAAUCAACAACUGUCAGAUUUCCUUUCUAUAUGAUGUAAAGUUGGCUGCCAGAUUGUCACUUUGCACAUGUUCAAAGAGGACAGUCAGGUAUUAGUGGGUCCCCUCCCCCCAAUGUGGUCAGUGUCUCCUUUAUGGACAGAAACUGGGAAUUGACAACCAACUCCUUUGUGCCGAUACUACAGCAGUGAGACGCUUAAAUGCUUUUUGGAUUUUUUUGGUUUUUUCUGUUUCCAUUCUUUGGGGCAGGCGACUGAGUGUUGAGUAUAAGGCAGUGAGUAGUUUAGCAGUAAUGGGUGUGUUUCCAGAGAGUUCUUUGCCCAAGGAGGGUGACUUUGUUUCUCAUUUGUAACUUUUAAAGGUGAUUUUUUUUUCCUUUGUUGUUUCUUCCCUUCUUUCACCCUUCAUCGCUGGAGUUUCUUGCUUUUGCAAGGCUGGGGUGUGAAUGAAAAUGGGAAACGAGACCGAGAAAGUUUGCUAGGUGACAAAUUUGGCUUCAUUUCAGAGUAAGAGUUCUGUUUUGUUGGUUUUAACCCCUGACAGGGCCUCUGAGUAAAAUGCCUGGGCUUAAUCUGCCUUUUGGGUGAGCCCUUCUUCCUUCCCACCCAGUGGCCAUCACAGAGUCUUAUCCACAGGAGGGUUAAUGCCCCGGGGGUUUUUGGUGCCCCCCCCCCCCCCCAGCCUUAGCUACCCUCCUUUGUCCUGGGGGCCCAGGCUGGGUGGGGUGGGGGUCUGGGGUGGUUCACCUGCUCAUGCUUUUUGAGUUUUGUGCCUCCUCCAACAUUUUUCCAUCCUCUUUCCUCCGUGAAGUGGGUCUCAGACUCCCCUAGAAGGGAGGAGUGGGGAGGGCAGAGCAUGCCCUCCCUUCGCACCCCCUGCUCCCUCUGGCUAUUGCUGGUUUGGGACUGAAGCCAUGAAAACCCCUUUGCAGACCACUCUUUGUGACGAUGGGGAAGCGCCAACAGCCCUUUCCCCUUCUCUUCUGCUAAUCACAUAAUGGCCUUAAAGGCUUUCUUAAAUGAUUAUCUUGUCUUUAAUUUUUUUUUUAAGUGGGUCUUUUGGGGGCAACAUUGGGGACUUUACAGAAUAUCUUCAGUCAUCUGUAGGAAGACUCUGAACUGGGAAAACUGGCUCCGUUGGGCUGUGUGAAAAGACGGUGGAAUUUUCAUCUGCUGCCGAUUUCACGCGCUGUCCUGAAAGUGAUUUUGGCCACAAACCUUUGAUCUGGGAGUGAGCAUCCCCCCCCCCGCCCCCCUCAUGCUUCUGGAGGCAGGAAUUGGUGACUGCUCAGGCCUCCCUACUUUGUUUGUAUAUGUGAGAGAGUGUGUGUUGGUGAUCAUGUGUGUGGGAGUGUGUGGGGGUGUGUUGAGGGGGAGUAAUAGCUGAAGAGAAGAGCUGCGUGUUUGGGUGACUGGGGCCAAGGCAUGGUGGCAGGGAGGGCGCAGUGUGUAGACUUCCUCAGGGGUAAGAAGGGGCUGAGCUUCUUGGAGACGGUGGGGGUGGGCGAGGCAGCAAAAAAGCCAACUUUGCUGGUUUCUUGGUCGUGCCCAGUUUCAUCCCGGAAUGCCACUGGAGGAAAGUGUUUCUUUCUGAGGCUGCUGGUUGAGCCGCAUUUGAAUGCACAUCUCUGUGGUGGUGGGCUCUGCGUUUCCGUCUUAAACUGCCGGGUCCCCGGCAGCUGUGUGACUUCUUGCUUGGAUCUCCUUGGCGGAGAGGCUGGAGUCAGCUGAGCGGAGCGAAGAAAGACUAAGGGGUUGAGUUCAAUAUGUGAUUCCGGCCCGGCGCCCCCGCCAAAGUCAUCUAAGUGCCUGUUCAAAUAUGGCGGUCUCCCGUCAGUGUAUAAAAAGCUCUUU